AUGGCGAGCACGGAAGCAUCCCCUGAAGGGUCUUCUGGAAACACGACAGAUUUUGGUGACUUCGUGAAGGAUGAAGACGAGGAAGCCGAUCUCGAAGAGAUUGCUGAGCCAUGGCAUAGAUACCGCAUAGAGGAUAAUCAAUAUGCCCUCUAUCCUAUUCGCCUUGGGGAAGUGCUCAACGAAAGGUACCUAGUUGAACAUAAACUUGGCUUUGGUGGUGGCUCAACUGUCUGGAUGGCAUUUGACCUACAAGACAAGAGAGACGUGGCCCUUAAAGUCAUGGCCCUAGGGAAAUGGAGCGACAACGAAAUUCGAAUCCAGGAUGAGAUUAUCAAGAGGGUACGGGAUACUUCUCGCCUGAUUAUCUAUACCGCGACUUUCUUUCUACCCCGAGAUGAUAAAAGCCACCAUAGGGUCUUGGUAUUCCCUAUGAAAGGGCCGGCUAUCUGCACUCUUGGCUUACAGAGGAUUCCUAUGGCCUCUCGUAUGUCCGCCGCUCGGCAAUUACUAGCGACUGUGGCAAAAAAUGCUAACGUUAUAUAUUUAAAUGCAAGGAACUGUAUGUGGGGAAUGACUCCUAUCGAUGGUCUAAGCAGAAGCGCCAAAUAUGAGUUACUCGGCCGGCCAAUAAAGGAGACAAUACCUUUUGUCGAUCUUUGGAAAAAGGGCGAGCUCGUGGCCCCUAUAAAUGUUCCUGACGACCUUCGUACAGACGAAUUCUAUCUCUGCGAUUUUGGUUUAGCAAAGAAAAUUGACGACCUCGAAACUUAA